AUGACUUUCUUCCUGCAUCAUACCGACUACGUAAGUCUAUCUAUCUAUCUAUCUAUCUAUCUAUCUAUCUAUCUAUCUAUCUAUCUAAUAUCCGCCAGUCUAUCUCUAACUAUCUAUUCAAUUAUGCCUCCAAUGCAAACAAAGAUUUCUUUGCGUCUUUCACGGAUCGCCUCGAGCUCAGCUGCUCGCUUAUCUAUGGAAAGCGCCGCUGCGCGGACUGAAUGGUUCGCUUCAGCGGUUUCAACCAUGUCCGCACGCCGCACCAGGCUUUCAGUUGAAGAACGUUCACUUCAGAAUUCACAGGAUGCAGUCCGCGUGGCUAGGUUGAGGGCUUCACUGUCCCCAGCACAGAAAACCCUUCAUCGUUUGCGGGAUGCCACCGCCAAAACUUGCUUCAGGGAUUUAGAAAGCCCCGAACAAACAACUUCACGUCGUCUUAGGAAUACUAGGGCUACAGCCGCCUCUAGAGCUUCGGAACAACCUCAAGAAACCGCUCAUCGUCGCUUUAGGAAUGCCCUAUCCACCGCGUCUGCCAGAGCCUUAGAAAGCAAUACACAGACCACUGUUCGUCACAUUAGAAAUGACCGCUCUACUGCGUCUGCCCGGGCUGCAGAAAAUUCCGAAGUACGCCGUCAACGGCUCGAAAACAUUAGCCAACAUCGAGCUUCUUUGAAUGGCGUAACUUCGCCGUCUGCGUCAUUUUGGUCAAAAGCCGCAUACAAUUAUGACUGCACUGUCAACUAUUCCGCUAGGAGAGAUGUACAAAUAGGGGCCAUGGAUAAAGUUUUCACUUUUUGCAACGCAAAAAAGUGGGCCGGUGAGCAACCUGGGCUUUGUUGCUCCCUUCUUUAG